AUGGAUAUACAUUUGUUAGUGAUAUCAGUAUACAUAUAUUUGUUAGUGCAACCACCCCCGCAACCACCACCACAACCAUUACCACAAUCGCAACCACCAUCACAACCACCACCACAACCACCACAACAACUACUAUCACAACCACCACCACAACCACCAGCACCACCACAACCACCAUCACAACCACCACCAACACCGCCACCACCACCACAACAACCACCACAACAACCACCACCACAACCACCACCACAACCAAAACAACCACCAUCACAACCACGAUCACCACCACAACCACCACCAUCACAACCACCACCAUAA